AUGAUUUCUUCUGGUCUUUACUUGCCUGCGUUGGCCGUAGCAACUCUGGCAUCAGCAUGGUCAACUCUGUUCUCACGCCAAUAUGCCGCAACCGUCAUAGUGGACUUGGAUACAAAGUACCAGACCAUUGAUGGGUUCGGGUUUUCUGCAGCUUUCCAGAGGGCAAACCUGAUCGUAGCUUUGCCUGAGCCGAGGCGAUCAGAGCUUGUCAAUCUGCUCUUCAAUUCGACUUCAGGUGCGGGCUUCUCGAUCUUAAGAAAUGGUAUUGGAUCAUCGCCGGACAGCAGCAACGACUACAUGAACUCGAUCCUGCCGAUUUCACCAGGCGGCCCUGGGGUUGAGCCACAGUAUGUCUGGGAUGGAAAGGAUUCUGGACAACUGUGGCUCUCUCGGGAGGCAGCAAGAUACGGAGUGGAUCGAUUCUACGCGAAUGCCUGGAGCGCGCCAGGGUUCAUGAAAACUAAUGGAGAUGAUCGGAACGGGGGAUAUCUCUGCGGUGUGACAGGUACAAGCUGUAGCAGUGGAGACUGGAGGCAAGCCUAUGCCAACUACCUUGUUAAAUAUAUUCAGCUCUAUGCCGAUGCGGGUGUGAAUAUAACGGAUGUAGGCUUCUUGAAUGAGCCGGAUCUAAGCACCAGCUAUGCAUCGAUGUUGUCGUCUGGAGCACAGGCAGCUGAAUUUAUCAAAAUACUCGCACCGACUCUGCAGAGUAAUGGUCUUUCUAACGUUGGCAUCACUUGUUGUGAAGCCACUGGAUGGAACAUCACCGAAAGAUAUCUUUCUGAAUUGAAGACAGAGGGAGCGGAAGAAUUGGUCAAUACGAUCUCCUCGCACGAAUACUCUAGUCGAGUGACCGGUCCAUUGGAUACUACGAGGAAGAUAUGGCAGACGGAGUAUUCAGAUCUCAGUGGCAGUUGGUCGACUGGAUGGUAUAGCAACGGUGGAGCAGGUGAUGGAUACACGUGGGCCAAUACCGUCUAUGACGCAUUGACAAAGGCAAGCCUAAGUGCGUAUCUUUACUGGGAAUGUAUCCAAGACACAGCCACUAAUAACAACAAUAACGAAAAGCUGGUUCUCAUCGACGGCGAGUCCUUCGAGGUAUCUAAAAGACUCUGGGCAUUCGCUCAAUUCUCGCGAACUGUCCGUCCUGGCGCCGUUCGAAUCGGAGCAUCGGGAGGUGAAUUGAAGGUUACGGCCUUCCAGAACAUCGAUGGGCAAGUUGCUGUGAACAUCAUCAACCCAGGAGUGCUCUCCGCAGCAAUCAAUAUUGCCUUUGACGGCUUUGUCCCGACCACCGGUAAUGCCUGGCUUACUGAUAACUCGCGCGACAUGGUCGACAUAAGAAUUUUGGUCCUCAAUGGAAUGGCGUACGGUGCAGUGCCUCCGAAGGCUAUGGUGAGCUUUCUCUUAGCAGCAUGAUGAUCUUUAACAUGACAACGUGGCAUUGGGGUUUCGAUAAGCGCGAAGCAAAGUAAAAAGCAAUACGAGGCUGAGCUAGGUAGAUGCAAGAUUGAUUAGAUACAAAGUCUCUGGAUUUCGAGUGAAUGGAAACAGCUGUUGAUAACAG